GUGUGUAGAAGAAGAGCAGCCCUGGUGGCAGUGGUUCAGAUAUGUCAGAGAACUGACAGCAAUGCUAACUGUGAGCUAUCAACAAAAAGUGUCCGGAAGCUUAACGGAGUGAUUGUAGGGCACGGAACCUCUCCAGGUGGACUGUGUAGAGGGUUGGCAGAACCGGCAGGACGGUUUCGGAUCCCGGACCUUUAAUAUCCGACCACCGCUGGGUAGUAGAUAGCAUUAGCUGGCUAGCUGGGGAGCUCCCGUAUAAAGUACCGUCAGGGUUUGUUUCAUACAGUCAUGUCUGCGGCCGGAGACUUCGGAAACCCUUUGAGAAAAUUUAAAUUGGUCUUUCUCGGGGAACAGAGCGUGGGAAAGACUUCGCUGAUCACCAGGUUCAUGUACGACAGCUUCGACAACACUUACCAAGCCACAAUAGGAAUAGAUUUCCUGUCGAAAACCAUGUACCUUGAAGACCGAACGAUCCGGUUGCAGUUGUGGGACACGGCGGGGCAAGAGCGGUUUCGUAGCCUUAUCCCGAGUUACAUCAGAGACUCCGCUGCUGCUGUCGUAGUGUACGACAUCACAAACGUCAACUCCUUCCAGCAAACCACAAAAUGGAUUGAUGAUGUGAGGACAGAGAGAGGAAGUGAUGUCAUUAUCAUGUUGGUGGGAAACAAGACAGACCUUGCAGACAAAAGGCAAGUAUCUAUUGAAGAGGGUGAGCGGAAAGCCAAAGAACUAAAUGUAAUGUUUAUUGAGACUAGUGCGAAAGCGGGCUACAACGUAAAGCAGCUUUUCCGUCGCGUGGCAGCCGCCCUCCCUGGCAUGGAUAAUACACAGGACAAGAGUAGAGAGGACAUGAUUGAUAUUAAGCUGGAGAAGCCACCAGAGGUACCUGUCAGUGACGGAGGCUGUUCCUGCUAAUGCCCGCUUAUGUCAUUGCUAAAUAUUUCCCUUACUGGCUUUUUCUCAAACCCAGUCGUUUUUUUUUCUGUAUCUGUACCCUUCACUGCACCCGCCGCUGUUCCCCAGCCUGAAAGAGAACACUACAUCCGUUAUCCUCGCCAUUGUGGAAACCUGCUUUUUCAUCAGGACGCUCUGAAAGUCAUAAAUCACUUAAAUGGAAUAUUUGCACUUUAACACACGUACGUUGAAAUGGUAUUCAUGGCUGAAGCUCAGCUCAGGUCUUUACUGAGCUGCUGUUGUCUGUCAUUUCAGAAAGAAAGAGAUGAUGGCAGAAGAGUUACGAGUCACAGCUAGUUAGUGUCUAAAGAUGAGUUUUUGUACCAAACUGAAAGAAAAUGUAUGUUUAAGACAUCAAAGUGUGUUUAAAAGUGAGAAUAUUCUUUAAAAAGUUUAAUAUCGCUUUAAGCUUAAUAAGCACAAUGUGGAUGUUUUUUGCAUUUGUCGGUUAAUUAAUAAUUUGUGCUGUUGCAAUCGAUUGGCAAGGAUUCAUUCAUGAACUGUGUUAUCAAACUGUUCUCUUAUUUAAAUCUGUCUGGAAUUAAUAUGUGGAAAUAGUUGCAAUGUUGUGUCGAAGUAAAUCAGCUGGGGACAUCUCAGUGUUGACACACACAUUGUAUACACCCAGCUGAAGUUGGAAGUGGCAGCCAUGAGCUCAUUUUAAACUGCUUGUGUGCUUUGUGGUUCCUGAGUCCCAGUUCUCCCCAACAUGUACCAGCACGAUAUGACGAGUCAGUACACAGUCAUACACCACCGCAUGGUCUUAGACCAGCACAAACACAUGACACCUACCACAAGAGCAGCACUCCCCCAUCCACAUUACCGUCCUUAUUCUCUUCCCCACACUUGUUCCUUGAGUUUGGUUUACCAUUGCUUCCAUUUUCUAUUACCUUUUUAUUUUGAUAGAUCUUUAAUUUUACUUCUAAAGACUACAGCUAUCAUAGAUUAAAACUGUUUCUUUGAUGAUAGUGUUUGAGGAGGAUUUUCUCAUAUAUUAAGAUGAGAGUCAUAAUCAUGAAACCCAACAUAAACAUUAGAAAUGGAGAUAUAUGCCUUUCGGAGUUUAAUUGUAGAGGGCUUCCUUGGCUUUGGGUUUAUCUAGUUAAGUUUGGGAUGAUGUUUUAUGAACAUGUGUUUUCUUUUUGCUUGUUUUUAUUUUUUUGGCAUUCAUCUUUUGUUAGUGAUUCUACAUGUGUAUUUAAUCCACAAUGACUUGUAAUAUUUAUUUCUAUUGGAUUCAUGUUUUUUUUUUUAUGGCUGUUAAUAUCUUCACUUUUGGUAAGUGUCCUGAACCGCUAAUAAAAUAUGCAUCCAUCUGGACCACCUUUAACAGAAUCAGUAGAGUACCCUGUACCACCUCUAAAUGGCAAUUUGAUCAUACUGACAAUACCGUGCAAUUUUUGUGUGAACUUAAGGAGGAGAGUCUGGUUUGUAAAGCAUAGUAGUCCUUAACGUUUCUGUCUGGAAUGGUUUUAAAUGAAAGAAUAAAGAUACACUUGUCACCGCU